GCAAAAAGUAAUAUUUAUAGAUAGUAAAAAAAUUGCAAAAGUAAUCGGUUUUUAAGUUCUGAGAAACAUAUCUUCCUGGAAAACGCAACAAUUAUUUCAUAAAUAAUAAAUUAAUAGUUGCAGAAAGCGCAAGCGUCUUUUCCUCAUUAAAACGUUUCCUCAAUUCAGCAGAAUCCAUUUGCAAGAUGAACUUGCAAAAAUUGGACCCUUUAGAGGGUUUCAAACCAACAAUUUCGAUGCUCAAAAUUUUCUCGGUAUGGAAUUCAAGUAACAUGUUUUACAAAAUUUACAAAAAUGUCACCACCUUAUCACUUGCAAUUACUUACACCUGUGUGAUGAUUUGUGUCGUUGUUAACUUCAAUGUGAGUGAAAUCAACGAAAAUUUCUACUACAUUCCGGCCCUUUCUACUGCACCCUUCAAAUUGGUGAUUUUUCAAAAAAGUUUCAAAAAAAUCCAAAAUUUGCUUUUUCUGCUGCAAUCGCAAUACACGAAGAUUCGAAGCGAAAAACAGGCGAAAAUGGUGGAGGAUUCAGUCGUUUUGUCCAAAAGAGUGGUGAAAGUUUUUGCCGUUUUGGUGGUACCUACUUGUGUGGGUUUGUUUGGGAUGCCCCUCCUUAAGGAUGAAAUUAAAUUGCCUUUGAUUAUCUGGAUUCCGUUCGAUUAUCACGAACCGGUCGUUUUUGGUUUAGUUUAUUUCGUGAUUUCGUUUUCUGGGUCGUUUACAGCUUAUAUUAACAUUGGAACUGAUACUUUUUUCUACAACUGCUUGAUCCAAAUUGAAACUCAGUGCAAUAUUUUGAGCGAUACGUUGAGGAAUUUGCACGAAUUUGGGCGAUUUGAAGCCGAAAUUCACACGAUUUUGAUCGAAUGUAUCGAACAAUACAAGACAAUUUUAAAGUUUACGAAAAUAUUAUCUAAAACCUACCAAGGGAUUUUAAGUGUGCAAUUUAUUUGCUCCCUUCUGUCUCUUUGUUUAACAAUGUAUCGCAUGUCUUUGGCCGACCCUGGAAGUGAGGAAUUUUUGAGGUACUUUGUGUUCCAAUGGGGCGUUUUGCCGGAAAUUUUCCUUUAUUGUUACUUCGGGCAUCGAGUCCUCGACAGCACCAAAAAUUUGUAUUACUCGACUUAUGAACUACAAUGGUACAACACUUCGGCAAAAUUUAAGACCAAUUUGUUGAUUUUCAUGGGCCAAAUUCAAAACCCGAUCGUGAUUUACGUCGCUGGGAUUUUUUCACUUGAUUUGGAAACCUUCAAAAAAAGCGCAAGCCCUAAUUUUUACAAGUUUGCGACCUAUAAAAGCCAUCAUUCCUCCACUAUUUUGCCAAAACGAAAAAUGAAAGCCUUCAGCUUCAACAUAAAGCUGUUCCAAAUUUUUGGCCAGUGGUGUUACGAAAACGAAUCCUUUUACAAAAUCUACAAAUACACAGCGACUGUUCUCCUGUUCCUCGACUGGUUGUUCACAAUGAUUUUCGUUUUGGUCAACUUUCAGGAAAGUGAGGUCGUUGACAGUCUCUACAUUUCGCCCUCCAUGACCACAUCCAUGCUCAAAUAUGUGAUUUUUCGCGUGAAUUUCAGCCAAGUUGAGCGCAUGUUAAAAAUCGUUGAGGAGCAGUAUUUGAAGAUUGACUCGAGAAGGGUUGGAUUUUUGGUCGAACGAGGGACGAAAAGCUCGGUUUUCGUUAUUAAGGCGUGUUUUUAUUUGGUUAUGGCGACUGUAGUGUCGUUAAUAACGCAGCCUUUGCUGCAGGAAGAUAUUGAUAUUCCGUUGGUGAUUUGGUUACCUUUCGAUUAUCACAGAUCGGGGAUUUUCGAACUGAUUUAUGUCUAUGUCAGCGUUUCUUAUUUGUAUUUCGCGUAUGUGAAUGUUGCCACUGAUUGCUUUUUCUAUAUUUCGGCGAUUCAGAUUGGAGUUCAGUGCGAAAUUGUUGGUUUUAUGCUUGAAAAUUUGAACGAAAUCGCUAAACAAGAGGAGGAAAACGUGAGGAGGUUGUUCCUCAGCUGUGUCACUUAUUACAACAAUAUUUUGGAAUGUGUUAAAAUAAUUUCAGAUUGUUACCGAGAAAUCCUGAUCGUGCAAUUUUUUUGUUCAUUUGUCGCCCUCUGUAUGACAAUGUACCAACUAUCAAUUGUUGAGCCUUUCAGUGACGUUUUUUUCAAAAUGUGUGUCUUUCAAUCGGCCGUAAUCUGCGAAAUAUUCCUCUACUGUUUUUUCGGUGAUUUAGUUUUGGAAAAAAGUGGUAAAUUAUUUUACGCCAGUUUUUCGUUUGGUUGGUACAAUGGUUCGGCAAAAUUUCAGAAAGAGUUGUUAAUUUUUAUGAAUCAGUUGCAAAAACCGAUCAUUUUUCACGUUGGAAAUGUUAUUCCAGUCACUUGUGAGACGUUUAAGUCGGUGAGUUUGGUCGUUUUGAUUGCUUGGUUUUAGCCUUGAUUCG